AUGAUUAUGAAAAGUUCAUUACUUUUGAAGCAUGCAACGGCUCCGGCACAGCCGCCGCGGCAGCUCCCUCACCUUGAUUCCAGCAGCGUGACUAUAUUCCGACCGAUACGAUUGUCGUCUCCACAUCCUAGAUCAGCCGUUGUGGUGUGUGUGAGUGUGUGUGCGGCGGAGGUUUUCCGGCAAAACAAUGGCGGCAGAGUCGGGAGUGUUUGCAUCUUGCUGCGUGUUGUAUAUCUGUUUUGUUAUCCGGAACAAAAACGACGCUGGAUUUUGGCGCCGCUGCGGCACCGGCCGCUAGGUGAAGGCUCGUCGACGUUGUCAGACCUCUGGACGCAGUGGAUUUUAGGCGCGUGGGAAGUUGUUGGCUCAAAAGGUACUAUAGAGUACAGCCCUUUUCCAGUUCCUCACAAAGGGCUCCCGGCCCGAUUCUAG